UGGCUGUCCUUCGAGAAAAAAAAAAAAAAAGGUUGAAAACCCCUUUCUACAUAGAGAACUUCUCUUCUUUCUACUGAACCAAUGACUCCUCUUCUUUGUUUCACUGCAUCCUCGGAAACACUGUCGCUUCGUCCACCAAUCUCCGUCGUCAAUUCAACCUCUCAACACUCACCUCCGGACAACAUAAGCGCGCGCAAUUUCUGUCAUCCGCAACUUCAGCAUGCAUAAACGUCGACGUUUCGCAGCAGAAAAAGAAUGCCUCAUAAAUUGGCGCGAAAACUAAGCAGAUAAUGGAGGAAGACGCAAAGGUGAUAGUGAGGACCUACGCCAGAGUUCCGUUGGUGCUCUCCGCUGUAAAUUGUAUGAUGUUGAAGGGCGAGAGUUUUUGGAUUUUACUUCUGGGAUUUCUGUUAAUGCCCUUGAUUAUGGUGAAUUGGUGAUCCUGAUUGGGUUCGAGCCGUUUCUGACCAGGCCCGUACUUUGGCCCCAUGUUAGCAACAUUUUCUACACCAUUCCCAUGUUCUCUGAAAAUACACUUCAAAUGGCUACUGCCUACUGGUAUGGUACUCACUGUUGCUCAGACGCUGCUUUCUGCACUGCAAACUAAGGAGGUGAGACAACUUUGCUCCUUGUUUGCGCAUGAAUCCCAACUUGCAGACCUCGAGCGAACUGUUGAAACCAUCAAUGCUGUCCUUCUUGAUUCAGAGCCCAAACACCAGGAACUCAACAGUGAGGGAAAAGAUUGGAUUGGCAAGCUCAAAGAUGCUGUCUAUGAUGCUGAUGAUUUGUUCGAUAAAUUCAACACUAUUGCUCAGAAGCAGAAAAGUGUGCCUGGUGGUAAGAUCUCCAAAAAGGUACGCCGUUUCUUCUCUGGUGAGAACCAGUUGCUUUUUGCUGCUAAUACAUCUCGCAAGAUUAAAAAGCUUAGAAUGAAGUUGGAUGGCAUUGCUGAAGAUCGUGCUAAGUUUGGCUUUAGUGAUGUAUAUAUACCUGUUAAGAGGAGAGAAGAAACAUCUUCCUAUGUGAAUGAACACAGUAUUAUAGGGAGAGAUGCUGACAAGAAGGCUAUUCUGGAUCUGCUGUUUCAAGACUCAGAUGCUGCUGAAGAUAAUGUUUCUUUUGUGAGUAUUGUUGGGAUCGGUGGGUUGGGAAAAACUGCACUUGCUCAAUUUGUGUUUCAAGAUGAUAUGAUCAAAAGUUCAUUUGAAUUGUGCUUUUGGGUUUGUGUCUCUGAAGAAUUUGGUUUGAAAGAAAUCCUUUCCAAGAUGCUUGGUAAGAGUACUGAGCUUAAUCUAGAAGGGCUACAGAAGGAGGUUCGUGAUAAGGGAGCUCGGAUAGCUCUCCUUUAAUGGAAGCCAACAACAGAUUCUAAAAGAAGAAUGUGACUCAGAGAUAAGAAGAAGAAGAGAAUUCAGAAUUCAGAUGAAAGGAGAGAGAGAGAGAGAGAGAGAGAGAGUUUGGGAAGAUUUGUAUUGUAUUAUGAUGCUAAUACAAUGUACCCGAAUUAGUUUAUAAGCUGCCAAAAACAGCUAACUAACUCUCUAACAAACCCCCUAAUUUUAAGCAACUUAUUCUUCAAGCUAGCUAACAACUUUAACUAACUUUCCCGCCAAAACUUCCAAUGAUCACAUUUGAUCAUUUGGAUUUAAAAACUGAAAAUUAAAGAGAAUAAAGAGUUCUCCUAUAACAAUACUUCCCCCUUUAAGAGACUUGUCCUCAAGUCUUAAACUGUGAAAGUAGGAAACUGAGCUUGAAAGGUAGUGGCAGCUUCCCAAGUGGCUUCAUGGUCUGCAAAUCCAGUCCAGCUGACUAAAUAUUGAUCCUGUGGAACAUCAUUAAUCAUCACCACACGCUUGUCAAGUAUAGCAGCAGGCUGAAUAGGGUUCAAGGAGGGAUCAGUGCCAGAAAACCAAUCUGGUAUGUGAGCUGCAAUAGGAAGUGCUCCUUGGAACCUCUUGAGUUGUGAUACAUGAAAAACAUUGUGUAUCUUAGCAUCUGCAGGCAACUUCAGUUUGUAAGCAACCUUUCCCACAGGAGCUAACACUUGGAAUGGACCAUAAAAUAGAUGAGCCAACUUCUGGUUGGAUCUUCUUUGCACAGUUUGUUGUCUGUAAGCUUGUAGCUUAAGCCAGACCCAAUCCCCAAUUGCAAACACUCUUUCAGACCUAUGCUUAUCAGCUUGUACUUUCAUUCUUUCUUGAGCCUUGGCCAAAUGAAACUUGAGAGUAGCUAUCAUAUUUUCUCUCCUCACUAAGCUUCUAUCUACUUCAGCAUUGCUUGACUCACCAGGCAAGUAAGGCAAGUGAAGUGGGGGAGACUGGUUAUACACAACCUCAUAGGGUGUGAGCUUGCUGGAAGUGUGAAAAUGGGUGUUGUACCACCAUUGUGCCAAUGGCAACCACAUGUGCCAGUCUUUAGGAUGUUCACCAGUCAUACAUCUAAGGUAGUUUUCCACACAUCUGUUCACUACUUCUGUCUGGCCAUCAGUUUGGGGAUGGUAUGCACUAGACAACAAGAAACUAGUGCCAUUAAGGAGAACAACCCUUUCCAGAAAUUGCUCAAAAACACUGCAUCCCUAUCACUCACAAUAGAUCUUGGCCACCCAUGAUGUUUGAAAACAUUAUCCAAGUAACAUUGAGCAACUGAAACAGCUGUAUAAGGAUGAGAAAUAGCCAUGAAAUGUGCAUAUUUACUUAACCUAUCAACAACCACAAAAAUCACAUCUUUCCCACCAGAUUUAGGUAAUCCAGAGAUGAAAUCCAUGGAUACAUCCACCCAUACUUGUUCCGGAAUUGGUAAAGGCUGGAGUAAACCAGGAGAUGCAGCUGUAUCAUACUUGGUUGAUUGACAAGUAACACAUUGCCUAACAAAGUUUCUGACAUCCUUAGUUAAUCCCCUCCAAGCAAAGAUAGCUUUUAUUCUUUGGAUGGUCAAUUCUCUUCCCCCAUGUCCACUUUCAGGAGCUGAAUGUUGCCACUCAAUAAUCUUGUGUCUAAGAUCCAAAUCAGGCCCCACCACAAUUCUGUUUUUGUGUUUCAAAAGUCCAUUCUGCAGAGAAUACCCUUCCACCAGUUGGCCUUGAGAAAGAGAGUGCAACACUUCUUUCAAAGCAUCAUCAGCUUGAUAGCUAGCUAGAAUUAAACUAGCCAAAUUGGAAUCCACAACUGACAUAGCCAUAAUCAAUAUUUCAGCACCUGGUAGUCUAGAUAGGGCAUCAGCAGCCAGAUUUUCCUUGCCACUUUUGUAUUGAAUUUCAUAGUCAAAACCCAUGAGUUUAGAUAACCAAAAUUGCUGAAAAGGAGUGGAUAUCUUCUGCUGUAGGAGCCAUUUAAGACUUUUUUGAUCUGUCUUGAUAAGGAAAUGGUUCCCCAUCAAAUACUGCUCCCAUUUUUGGACAGCAAACACAAUUGCCAAAAGCUCCUUCUCAUACACUGAUAAUUGUUGCCAUUUAGGCCCAAGGGCUCUGCUAAUGAAUGCUAGAGGAUGUCCAUCUUGCAUUAACACUGCCCCAAACUGCUUGUCAAAGUUGGGAAUGGCCAAAACAGGAGCAGUUACCAAAGCUGCUUUAAGUUUCUCAAAUGCAGCUUGGGCUUGAUCAUUCCAUUGGAAUCCACCUUUCUUCAAUUGAUCAGUUAAGGGUUUGCUAAUGACUGCAUAUCCUUUGACAAAUUUCCUGUAAUAUCCUGCUAAACCCAGGAAGCCCCUUAGUUCCUUAAUAGUAGAGGGAACUGGCCAACUUUGUACAGCAUUUAUCUUGUUUGGAUCUGUAUGAACACCAUCUGCAGCUAUAUAAUGGCCUAGAUAUUCCACCUUUUCAGUAGCAAAUACACAUUUGCUUAACUUUGCAAACAUAUAGUUAGCUUUCAUUAACUCAAACACCAUUGCCAGAUGAGUCCAGUGGUCUUCUAGAGUCCUGCUAUACACCAAUAUGUCAUCAAAAAAGACUAAGACACAUUUUCUUAAAAGAGGUUUAAAUACCUGAUUCAUCCAGUUCUGGAAUGAAGCUGGAGCAUUGGUAAGGCCAAAUGGCAUAACAAGGAACUCAUAGUGUCCAGUAUGGGUUUUGAAAGCUGUUUUGUAUAUGUCUGAUGGACUAACUCUCAUUUGGUGGUAACCAGAUCUAAGAUCAAGCUUAGAAAACACAGCAGCCCCAGACAAUUCAUCCAAUAGUUCAUCAAUCACUGGUAUAGGGAAUUUAUUCUUCACAGUUCUAUUAUUUAGUUCCCUAUAAUCCACACACAAUCUCCAUGUACCAUGUACCCGAAUUAGUUUAUAAGCUGCCAAAAACAGCUAACUAACUCUCUAACAAACCCCCUAAUUUUAAGCAACUUAUUCUUCAAGCUAGCUAACAACUUUAACUAACUUUCCCGCCAAAACUUCCAAUGAUCACAUUUGAUCAUUUGGAUUUAAAAACUGAAAAUUAAAGAGAAUAAAGAGUU